AUGGAGUAUCAGGCAUACACAGCCGGCCACGUGGAGUGUCAGGCAUACACAACCGGCCACGUGGAGUAUCAGGCAUACACAGCCGGCCACGUGGAGUGUCAGGCAUACACAGCCGGCCACAUGGAGUAUCAGGCAUACACAGCCGGCCACGUGGAGUGUCAGGCAUACACAGCCGGCCACGUGGAGUGUCAGGCAUACACAGCCGGCCACGUGGAGUGUCAGGCAUACACAGCCGGCCACGUGGAGUAUCAGGCAUACACAGCCGGCCACGUGGAGUGUCAGGCAUACACAGCCGGCCACGUGGAGUGUCAGGCAUACACAGCCGGCCACGUGGAGUAUCAGGCAUACACAGCCGGCCACGUGGAGUGUCAGGCAUACACAGCCGGCCACGUGGAGUGUCAGGCAUACACAACCGGCCACGUGGAGUGUCAGGCAUACACAGCCGGCCACGUGGAGUGUCAGGCAUACACAGCCGGCCACAUGGAGUAUCAGGCAUACACAGCCGGUCACGUGGAGUGUCAGGCAUACACAGCCGGCCACGUGGAGUGUCAGGCAUACACAGCCGGCCACGUGGAGUAUCAGGCAUACACAGCCGGCCACGUGGAGUGUCAGGCAUACACAGCCGGCCACAUGGAGUAUCAGGCAUACACAGCCGGCCACGUGGAGUGUCAGGCAUACACAGCCGGCCACAUGGAGUAUCAGGCAUACACCAGCCGGCCACAUGGUGGGGGCUGGGGUUAUCAAACAUACACAUUCGAAUAG